CGCUCUCUUCCAUAUAUGAUGCAACCCGGUAAGCUCUCUCUCUCUCUCUCCCUCCAAGUCGGUCGCUCUCUCUCCAUUGCCAGCGGCGAGGGCAUGAUAUGUGAUCGAGGCGGGAGCUGCUCUGUUUGGCAAACGAUGAGUUGCUUUCAAGCUGCUGCUGUCAAGCCGUAUGGCUAUCUUGUCUGUCGUGAUGGGGCGUCCCCGUCACGCAGCUUUCCUUCGGCUCAUUGUGUUUUGCCCGUCGAUGCUGGUCGCUCAUCUGGGACAUCUUUGAAGCUGUCUGCCAGGAAGCUCCUCUCCCCGCAAUUUAUGCCGGUGCCAAAGCACAAGCCACGUCUACCUGUAUUGAACCACCAUCAACUGAUUCCUCUUGGCUUGUUUGGUGGCAAAGGAAAAUCAGAAAGUGAGAAUGAGGGUUCAGCUUGGAAGUCUCUUGAGAAUGCAAUGGGAAGUUUUCGCAAAGACAAGUCAAUCGAGGAUGUAUUGAGGCAGCAACUUGAAAAACAAGAAUUCUAUGAUGAUGGAGGCUCCGGCAAAGGACCACCUGGUGGUGCUGGAGGUAGUGGUGGCAGCGGUGGUGGUUCUGGUGGAACUGACGAUGAAGGUUUUUCCGGGAUCAUGGAUGAAACAGUGCAAGUAGUUUUGGCAACACUUGGCUUUAUAUUUCUGUAUAUCUAUAUAAUAACUGGAGAGGAGCUGUUUCGGCUAGCUAAGGAUUACAUCAAGUAUCUUUUUGGAGGAAGUCAGAGCGUUAGAUUAAGACGUGCGAUGUACCAGUGGAGAAGAUUUUACAAGAAGCUGACAGAGAAGGAAGAGGUUGAUAAGUAUUGGUUAGAGAAGGCAAUAAUUAAUACCCCGACCUGGUGGGAUAGUCCUGAGAAGUACAGGCGCAUGGCGAGAUCCUUCCAAGAAGCUUCUCACCAAUCUUCGAGAUAUGAUGAUGAACUCUGAACAAUUCUUCUUCGUGUUGCCGAGUCAUUUUAGAUGAAAGGCGAUAUCAUUCCAUGCUUCUAGUUUGGCAGUGAUCCAAAGCUCGGUUUUGGUAGACAUGAGAAAGCUGUCUUGUGUAAUUGCUACACCAUCUGUCAUGGAGAUUUUUGUGCAAAAUUUCACAGAAAGGUUGAUUUUCUCUCA